AUGGGCUUCGUCGGCGUGUACAAGGCCAUCUACGACUACGCCCCCCAGGGCGAGGGCGAGCUGCAGAUCACCGAGGGGGAUCUGCUGUAUGUGUUGGAGAAGAGCACAGAUGACGACUGGUGGAAGGCAAAGAAGAAGGCAACCGGCGAGGAUGAUGACGAGCCAGUGGGGUUGAUCCCGAAUAAUUACGUCGAGGAGGUCCAACCCGAGUCCCAAGCCCGCGCUCUUUACGAGUACACGAGACAGACCGACGAGGAGCUGUCGUUCCCCGAGGACGCGCAGCUCGACGUUUUCGAUGCCUCUGACCCAGACUGGAUUCUCGUCGGGCACGAGGGAGACUAUGGCUUUGUACCUGCGAACUAUAUCGAGCUGGGAGAAGGCGCCGGUGCUCAGGCGGCAGAAGCAGAGGAAACGGCUGCUGCACCAGCGGCCGCACCUGUUCCUGCACCGCCGCCGCUCCCUGCGCGCACUCCUAGUAGUGAGGUUGCCAGCCCGCCUCUUCCAGCCCGACCGCCCUCGGAGCCGAGCUCGCCUCCUGCGGCCCCGCCUGCCGCGCCCAACCCGGCUAACAUGAUUGCUGGUAUGAUGGCGGCCCGCGCGAAUUCGGCCCAGCCAGCGCCUGCGCCGCUUGAUCUCCCGGCCCGUAACCAGUACGCCUCUGAGGGAUCGGAUACCGAAGUCAAGUCUCCCCCGCUUCCGGCUCGUCCACGCGGCGAUUCGCAGCUCUCGGUGGAAGAACCGCGUCGGGCCUCUCCACCGGUGCAACAGCAGCAGCAUCAGCAACGCCAGCCGCAACGGAGCCGUAACGAUCAUGGCAGCCGCUUGGACUAUCCCCGCGAGGAUAUUGAUUCGCCGCGAACUCCUCGAACUGCCCCCCUUACGCCAGGCGACUUCCACAUGUACAACAUUAACGAGAUGGUGUCCAUCAUGGGCAAGAAGAAGAAGAUGCCGACGACGUUGGGCAUCAACCUACGCACGGGUAUGAUCAUGAUCGCGCCUGAGCAUGCGCAGGACGGCCCAUCGCUGGAGUGGACCGCUGAUCUCAUGACGCACUACUCACGUGAGGGCAAACAUGUGUUCAUGGAACUGGUCAAGCCGAGCAAGAGCAUCGACUUCCACGCUGGGGCUAAGGAUACCGCGGAAGAGAUUGUUUCGAUGCUCGGCGAGCUGGCGGGCGCCGUGAAGGCCGAGGGCCUGCGCGAGGUGAUUAUGGCGGCCACAGGGCCCAAGGCGAUACAGCAGAAGAAGGGCGAGGUUAUGUACGACUUCAUGGCACAGGGAGACGACGAGGUAACGGUUGGCAUCGGAGAUGAGGUCAUCAUCCUGGACGACACCAAGAGCGACGAGUGGUGGAUGGUGCGGCGCGUCAAGAACCAGCGCGAAGGCGUCGUGCCCAGCAGCUACAUCGAGGUCACCGGCAUGCUGGAGAUUGUGCACCCUUCGAGCAGCGCGUCGGGCCUGAACGCGGGCAAGUCGACGAUCGAACAGAACCGGCUGGAGGAGGCGCGCUUGACUAAGGAGGCCAUCAAGGCGGGACAGCGCGAGGACCAGCGCGAGAGGGACAAGUCGCGAACCGAGGUAGGCCCUGGAUUGCUUUUGCCCGACCGCGUUAGUAGCCUGUCGGCAACAAAGGGUAACACUGUGUCGCAACAGCGGAGCAGCAAGCGCGAGAACGGCCGCGCCGAGGCCGCGGGGUCGUCCCGGGCGAGCGCCAAGUCGAAACCCGACCCGUCCAAGGUACGCACCUGGACGGACCGCUCCAAGUCCUUCACCGUCGACGCCCAGUUCCUCGGCAUCAAGGACGGCAAGCUCAACCUGCACAAGCUCAACGGCGUCCGCAUCGCCGUGCCCGUCGCCAAGAUGUCGCUCGAGGAUCUCGAGUACGUCGAGCGCGUCACCGGCAUCUCCCUCGACGAGGACAAGCCGCUGUCCGAUCUCAAAAAGCGCGCCAGCAGCACCAACGAGACCGCCCGCAGCAAGCCGCCGUCGGCUAAGGUCGGUGCGUCGCUGGAGUCUACCAAGUCCGACUACGACUGGUUCCAGUUCUUCCUGAACUGCGAGGUCCAGCCGGGCCUGUGCGAGCGCUAUGCUCAGGCCUUUGCGAGGGAGUCGAUGGAGGAGAGUGUGCUGUCGGGCGUCGAUGCGUCGGUGCUGCGGAACUUGGGUUUCCGUGAAGGUGAUAUCAUCAAGGUGAUGCGAUACCUCGAUACCAAGUAUUACCGCGGGAAGGGCGACGAGGGUGCUGGUGGGCUGUUUUCCGGGCCGGGUGGUGCCCUACGGAAUAACACUGCGAGGGGACGGCCGGCGCCCCCGGUCGAGACGAACAACACGGUCGACCCCAAGGCUUUCUCGGGAGAUAAGGAGUCGGCUCCUGCAGAGGCCGCUGCCAAGCCGGCAGCUUCUACCGCUGCGGCCCCGUCGUCGGGUUCAAAGCCGGCUGGUGGAUUCGACGACGAUGCCUGGGAUGUCAAGCCGUCCAAGACUCCCGAGCCUGCUCCCCAGAAAGCGCCAACUCUGCCGGCCGCUGCUCCGGCCCCGGCACCCGCUGCGGCGCCUGCUGCAGCAGCAGCUCCUGCUACGGCCAAGCUUACCGGCUCACUGCAGGAUCUGUCGUUGCUAACCCAGCCACUGACACCGGAAAAGGCCCAGCCCGCGGCUCCUCCACUCGCCCUGACCUUAGCCCCUGCACCAGCUCCCGUGCCGGCGCCCGCGCAAGUCCCUCAGCCUACGGGCGCCACGCCCGGUUUCUUCAGCGGCAUGCAGCCCCCGACCGUCAACGGCCAGCCCCAACAACAGCCGUCCCAAUACGCCCAGCAACUCCCGCAAAACAUCGCCCGCCAACGGCCCGUAGCACCGCAAUACACCCAAGGCCAAGGCGGCCUCAUGCCUCCACCCCCGCCCUCUCGUCCGCUCUCUGCCCCGCAACAGACCGGCCAAGCUAGCGCUUUCGGCCCGCCGCCCCCUCUCCAGCCCCAUAUGACCGGGUACGUGCCGUCAGCCGCCGCAGGCCAGGUCGCACCGCCCGGUCAGAGCUUGAACGAUAUCACGCAGCAGCGCCUGCAGCAGCAGUAUACCCAGCAAAUGCAGCAGCAGCAACAACAACAGCCGAUGAUGCCCAUGAUGACGGGUCUCCCGCCUCAGCAGGGCCCUUUCCUUCCGCAGCAACCGACGGGGAUGGUGAUCGGGGGUAUUCCCCAGCAACAAGGGCCUUUUAUCCCGCAGCAGACUGGGUUCGGCCAGUUCCCGCAGCAGCAACAGCCGCAGAUGACGGGGAUGGCGGGGAUGAACACUGGGGUUGGGAUGUCUUCGAUUCCGGCGAUUCCCCCGAUGCCGCCGAUGCCGACUGGGUUUGGUGGAGGAACAGGGCCGACGACAACACAACCGCUGGUGCCGCAGCAGACGGGCCCGGCGCCGGCGGUAAGGUUUGGUGUGCCGGAGGGCGGGGCGAAGAAAUUGGCGCCGCAGGCUACGGGGAGGAGGGCGAAUUUGGCUGCUGCUACUCCGGACAAUCCGUUUGGGUUCUGA